AUGUCUUCUCCCUCACCCCUCGAAAUCCGGCCUCACCCCUCCAAAGGCCGCGGCCUCUACGCCACAAAAUCCUUCCCCCCAGGCACCGUCAUCUCCCCCUUCACGCCGCUCCUCCUGCUGCCCACCAUCUCGUACCUCAGCAGCGUCUGCUCGUUCUGUCUCCGCCCCGGCAAUCCCCGGGCCUGCUCGCGCUGCCACGCGGCGUCGUACUGCGACGCGACGUGCCAAGCCGCGGCCUGGAAGGCGGUUCAUUCGCGCGAAUGCAAGGCGCUCCGGCAGGGGAUCAAGGACGAGGACCGAAGGAGGCGGUUGCCGACGCCGACGAGGGCGCUCAUCCAGGCUUUGCUGUGUGGGGAGAUUGGGGACGGGUUGAGGGACCUGGAGGGGCAUGUGUUGGAGAAGAAGGCCGAGGGGGGUGAAUGGAGGGAUGUUGAGAUGAUGGCGAUGGCGGCGUGUGCGUUUUCGGGGAUGGGCACGGGGGAGGGGAUUGUGCGGAGGGCGGUUGAGAUGUUGUGCAAGAUUCAAAACAACUCUUUUCAGAGAUUCGAUACCGACUUGGGGGUUGUUGGACUGUUCUUGGAGCCGACUCUAGCCAUGGCGAACCAUUCCUGCAUUCCUAACGCGGCAGUUCAGUUCAUUGGGCGAAAUGCCCUUCUCGUCGCUGAAAACCCGAUUCGAGCUGGGGAUGAGAUUGAGCUGGCUUAUACGUUCUACACGGAUCCUCUAGUCAAACGAAGAGAAGCACUGGCUCACUACAAGUUUGUUUGCAAUUGCCUUCGUUGCCGGGAUAACCUCAACGUCUAUCAAGUCGCAGCCAUCUCCCCCAACGUCAAUCUCAACAACCAGAGUCUCGUACCAGAUGUCUCAAAGUUUCGCAAGCAUCCUGCAGCCACCAGUCCCAGCAAACAAACCAUCAUCAAUCGGCAUGGCGAGACGGCCGACCAUAUCUCGAGCGCAUUGGCAACAAUCGAGUCACCGUCAGAACGGCGUAAGCUACUAAAAAGCGAGUACAACAAGAACAAGGCUCUAGUUGAAGAGGAGCUAUGGGCCGUCACGCCGCUCCCGGACAUUCUCUUUAGAAUAUCCAUGUUGUACGGCGAGGAAGAAAACUUUGUUUUUGCCCUGGCGGUGGCUUGUUUCAUCGCGACAGCUUGUGAUCCCUACCAGCAUGUCUCGCCGCAUCAUCCCGUUCGGCUGGCCGGUUUGUUCGCUGUAGCAAACCUGACUACUCACACCGCCGCGGCAACGGCCUUUCUGGCAAACUCGGCUACACCCGUGUCCAAGAAGGCGACGCUGGAGCAGAAAGUCGAGGAGGCGUUGCGCGAGAUUGAUCAGGUUUCGUUAUGCCAGAUGCUUCUCAUCAUGAUUCUCAGACAUUCCCCAGAAAAAUAUGGCGCAGAGCUGAGUCUCGUUGGCAAAGCACAGACGCUUCUAGAGGAUAUUGAGAAGCUGGCGGGCAGAGAGAAGGAAACUUCCUUGAUUGAUGAGUGGCGGCAAGAUCCCAAGAGCGAAAAGUCUCAAGCUUUCUUCGAGUUUGCUGUCGUUGAGCAAGUGAAUACCCUGGCCGGUCUGGGAAGGGAAAUCUUGAGGCGGGAUUUUGAGAUUUCUGCUCCUUGA